UCAUUGUAGCUCACUGGUGGUUUUGUGUGUGUGUGCGUGCUUGUCCGAACAGACAAUGAGUGGCAGUCGGGUCUUCAUCGGCCGCCUGAGCCCCCACGCCAGAGAAAGAGACGUGGAGAAGUUUUUCAAGGGCUUUGGACGGAUCCGUGAAAUCAACUUGAAGAACGGAUUUGGCUUCGUGGAGUUUGAUGACCACCGGGAUGCGGAUGACGCUGUGUACGAGUUGAAUGGCAAAGAAUUGUGUAGUGAGAGCUCCCGCAGGCUUCGAAUCAGGAGAACUUGCAACAUGCAGCAGAAAGCAGACAUACCGCGCAAGAAGCCUCAAAAGGCGUUUCUCCUACCGGCAGACACCAUCCUCUCCACCUUGAUCCUUGGACUCAUCUUCAUCACCAUGGUACCGGCACGAGCUAACGGCCUGCAGAAUCUGCCAGAACAUGUGAACAAGCCGGACAGUGCAGAAGAUCCGGACGCACACAUGCUGCACAAGCUGGACACUUCAGAAGCAAAACUGAAGGUUCUGGAAGCGCGCAUACAGGCUCAGGAAGCAGUCAUGCUGGAAAAGCUGAGCAAGCUGGAGCGGGACAUCGACGAAGUAAAACUUAAGGCACUGGAAGCACGCAUACUGGACAAGCUGGACAAGGACACCACAGAAGCAAAAUAUAAGGAGCUGAAAGAACGUGUGGAGCGGCUGUAUGAGGUGGCAGACAAACGUAAGGUGGGCUUCUCAGCAUCACAGGGCGACAUCAAGAGGGGUGACAAGGUGGUCUUUGGCGCUGUGUACGCCAACGUGGGCGACACCUAUAACAGCACCACAGGUGUCUUCACAGCCCCCUGCAAGGGCCUCUACUUCUUCACCCUGACCUACCACAAGAAAGAUGGGAACAUUGAUCUCGGCAUGGAUCGGAAGAAGGAGAAUGAGGAUAGCAAGUGGAUCCUGGGGGUGGUAGACUACACCUAUCACAAUCACCACAGUGCCACCAGCAGCAGGAUCAUAGAACUGGAGAAGGGAGAAACCGUGUUUGUCACGCCUUACGAUGGCCAUAACUUAGAGACGACUAAACUGUCUGGACAUUGCGUUUUCAGCGGCUUCCUCAUUACUCCCAUGUAGGGUAGACGUGGGCGCACCCAUCCAUGAUAUUAUCAGUCAUACCAGGCAGGGGUGUAACGAUUUGUUUCAGUAACAAUUUGAUUUGGAUCACGAUUCAUGGUUGCCGAUACGAUUCACGAAACAAUGCAGUAACUUUAAAUGGAUUCAGUAACUUCUUAGCCAAAAAUUCAAGCGGUGGGACUGAGAAAUAAAUGCCUGGAUACUGGACAGUGCAGGUGGGGUUUCCUAGAUUCCCCUGGUUUUUUGUAAGGGAGUCAGGUAUAAAUGAAUUAUGAAUAGAAACAAACAAGUCAACAACAAUGAAUGGCAAAUGCAUUCACAUUUUAUUUGAAUCAAGUGCAAGCAACACUUCAGCUUGAAUUUACAAUGAAUGAAUGAACAGGUUGAAUUCAAUCAAUUCUAUCUGAUCAGAUGACUUUAAUUUGGUACCUCAUUCACUUCUCCACCCCAAGUAUUAAAGAAGUUAGAAUCAAUUUCAUAGCGGGAAAUAGCGCCUUUGGUUCCCAUUGCUUGAACAUUGAGUCAAGACAAAAGCUGUGAUGGACCCACGGACCUUGGCAAGUACAACCCUACUACAAAAUAUAUACUUACUUAGGCUGUGAAAUUUGUUUUAAAAGUCACCAGAGUAGCCAUUCACAUUGAUCAUCACAUUGAUCAUCACAAAGUCCAAGGAAAUCAAGUGUCAUAAUUUUCACGUAGGCCUCGUACUCUGAAUGCAGCAGCACACUGUAUUGGUUUCCACGCCACACUACAAAUUGUGCGUACACAAUCAUUCCGGGCCAAAAUGAACAUAUUUCGCACCAUCAGAUUUGAAUGAAAU